CACACAUUCUGAAAGGAAAAAGCGAGGAAUUCAAUCAAAAUGGGAUGUUUGGAAUGUCUCAAAGACUUUUUCAUGGGAUUUUGGGAUUAUGAGACUCCAAAAGUCAUGGUGGUAAAGGACAGAAAACUUGGAGUCAUAUAUCGAGCCGUGCAGUUCCUGGUCAUCACAUAUUUCAUUUGGCAUGUCUUUAUCAGUCAGAAAGCAUACCAGGAGACUGAAGACCGUCCAGAUAGCUCCGUCUACACUGAGAUGAGAGGUGUGGCUGUGCUGGGAGACAGUAUUCAAGACACAACAGAAUAUGUCCAGCCGUCUGAGGGUGGUGAUGUCAUCACCACGAUACUCAGAAGAGAAGUGACACAUGAUCAGAGACAGGGCACAUGUGCUGAGCAUUACUCUGUUCCCAAUGCAAAAUGCUCAAAAGAUUCUGACUGCGUUCGAGGGGAAAUUCGUUUUGAUGGUCAUGGUCAGAAAACAGGCCUAUGUGUACCGUACUACAACUACACAUUCAAGACCUGUGAGAUCAAAACCUGGUGUCCCAUCGAGGAAUUUGCUGUCAUUAGGGAGGCAGCUGUGGAGCAGGCCAUUAAUUUCACAGUGUUCAUAAAGAAUUCCAUCCAUUUCCCCAAGUUCAAAGUUCUCAGGGGAAACAUUAAACCAAACAAGCCAAAGAAACUGACAAAGUGCCAUUAUCACCCCGAGACCAACCCUUACUGUCCUGUGUUCAGUCUCGGCUUCAUCGCAGAGCAGGCCAGAGAGAAGUUCAGUGAACUUUGCAGAACUGGUGGAAUAAUCGGAGUGGUUAUUAAUUGGAAGUGUGAUUUUGAUUUGGAUCCCUCCGAAUGCAUUCCAACAUAUUCAUUCAGAAGGCUGGAUAUGAGAAAAGACCUGCCAACCUCAGGCUACUACUACAGGUUUGCAAAGUACUACGAUAAGGACGGUGUCGAGUACAGAACGCUCAUUAAAGCUUAUGGGAUUCGCCUGGAUGUUAUUGUACAUGGACAUGCGGGAAGAUUUAGUCUCAUUCCAACCAUCAUCAGCGCAGUCACGGCCAUGACUUCAGUCGGAAUUUGCUCAAUCAUCUGUGAUUGGAUCAUGCUGACGUUCAUUGACAAAAACAAAGCUUUUAGUGACAAGAAGUUUGAUGAUGCAUCUAAAGAUCCCAUCCAGCCAACGACGACUAGCCUGACGCUUACAACCUUCGGCUCCAAUCACUCCGACCUCUCAGAUGGCGUGCCUUUGUAAAGCACCGCCUCCAACCAUCCAAACUACUCCACUGAUGCCACGCAAUGCCAAGAUGAAGUUGACAGAAUAUUUUUACAUAACGGACGCUGAGGAACAAAUAUGUGUGGAAUGCAAUCAUAUACAGCACAAAAUGUCCAAUCUAUGUUUAGUUAAGCUUUUGAUCUGAAAUAUCCAAAAACACGUCUCUCUAAAUUCUAGCUUCAAUAAAUAUUUAAAAA